GCCGCCUUUGCUAUAGAAGGCUAGAGGCGCGCGUGCGUAGUGCCUAAACGAAGCGAAAAUGGCGCUGGGCAGGCAAGUGUACAACUUGCUUUUCCGCCGUACCUCCACCUUCGCUCUCACGAUCGUGGUGGGCGCUCUGGUCUUUGAGCGGGCCUUCGACCAGGGUGCGGAUGCUCUCUUCGAACACCUUAACAAGGGGAAACUCUGGAAGCACAUCAAGCACAAGUAUGAGACUGAUCAAAAAUGAAGCAGAGAUGCUGUGGAUUCCUGCAAGACCUUCUGUUCGCUUCAGCACAGGCUCUUCUUCCUGACCACCAGCUGUUAAGGUGGCAAACAUUCAUCCAUAUGUGUGAUUUUGAACCAUAGUGCAUUCUCUCAAGAAUAGCAAGCUAUCUGGACUUGUGGAUUUACUUAUGCUGAAACAUAGUUUAAUAAAGUACCUUCUCUCCUUAUGAGAAAA